AUGCAGCCCAGUGAGAGAGCGCACAAAACACCUGAAAAAGAAAACAGAUUAGACAAAGGCCACGGGGUUAACAAGGAAAAACUGAACCUGGACAGGAAGACUCCAAGGUCAGAAAUCAGAAAAACCACAUGCAAGGAUGGCUGAAUACCGAAAAAUAAAAAUAAAUUAAAAAAAUAGCGUAACCAAAAGUAAAAAAUAAAUAAAUAAAUAAAUUUGUAAUUAUUAUUAUAUAAAGUGACCCUUUAAGAGACAAGCCGAUAAAAACAUAAUUUGAAUGUCAUGUAGAUAUUUAUUUAAUAUUAUCAUGGUAUUUAUUUUUUUUAUUUUAUAUAUAGAAUUUGUAAAGGAUGCAACAAGAAAAACCACCAGCAGGGGUCGGAUAGAAAAAAAAAAAACAUACAUACCCAACCACGAGGAGCACAGCGUCCGAAAAGAAAAUCCGAAAGCACAGCGAAAAAGAAAAAAAUAGAGAAGCGUUUGCGGGAAAAGGAGCACAAAACCCACAGCAAGGGCAAGACCCAUUCGGGAGAAACCACCCGAAACAUUAGAACAGAGCAGGGGAUGGACCGACGCCGCAAGGACGCUGAUGGAGUGCGACCAUGGCGCGCCGGCAGGGUAAGUAACUUACGGCACCGUGGAGUUGAAAAGACGUGCGGCAGACGGCUUGGAGCCACAGGAGAGCCGGAGCCGGGCCGACACAGCAGAGACACAGCGGAGAACGGCCGGAACGAGAGCCACGAGGAGUAG